GGAUCUGUUAUCGCGAGACUUCCACGAGAGGCUCCCGGUCGUUGCCUGGAGGAUCUCGGCCACAGGAGCCCGAGCGGGCGCUGUGGCGCGAGCGGGUGUUGUGCGGUGUCGGCCCGGGCAGCGGCUGCAGGGGGACCGCGGCGGGAGCAGCCUCGAGCCGCAGAACCGGCUCCCGCACUUUGCCGAGACUCGUCGGAGCAGCCGCACCUUACGGGGGCCGCGCGCCGGGGGUCGCAGCGUCCGGAGCUGCGCGGGCGGCUGGGGCAGCAGGGUCCGGCCAGCCGCGCGGAGGGCAGGCGGGCGGGCGAGCGGCAGGCGCAGAGGAGAGCGAGCGGCUGCAGGCAGGGGCCCCCCGCUCGGCCACCUCCUCGCCCCGCGGCCGCCGCUGGAAGAUGUCUCAGGAGAGGCCCACGUUCUACCGGCAGGAGCUGAACAAGACCAUCUGGGAGGUGCCCGAGCGAUACCAGAACCUGUCCCCGGUGGGCUCGGGCGCCUAUGGCUCGGUUUGUGCUGCUUUUGAUACAAAGACAGGACAUCGUGUGGCAGUGAAGAAGCUGUCAAGACCGUUUCAGUCCAUCAUUCAUGCCAAAAGGACCUACAGAGAGCUGCGCCUGCUGAAGCACAUGAAACACGAGAAUGUCAUCGGUCUGUUGGAUGUGUUUACGCCCGCGAGGUCCCUGGAGGAAUUCAAUGAUGUGUACCUGGUGACGCAUCUCAUGGGGGCAGACCUAAACAACAUUGUGAAGUGUCAGAAGCUUACUGAUGACCACGUUCAGUUCCUCAUCUACCAGAUCCUCCGAGGGUUGAAGUAUAUACAUUCGGCAGACAUAAUCCACAGGGACCUGAAACCUAGUAACCUAGCUGUGAAUGAGGACUGUGAGCUGAAGAUUCUGGAUUUUGGACUGGCUCGGCAUACUGAUGAUGAAAUGACAGGCUACGUGGCUACCAGGUGGUACAGGGCUCCUGAGAUCAUGCUGAACUGGAUGCACUACAACCAGACAGUGGAUAUUUGGUCCGUGGGCUGCAUCAUGGCCGAGCUGUUGACCGGAAGAACGCUGUUUCCUGGUACAGACCAUAUUAACCAGCUUCAGCAGAUAAUGCGUCUGACGGGGACACCCCCUGCUUAUCUCAUUAACAGGAUGCCAAGCCAUGAGGCAAGAAACUACAUUCAGUCCCUGGCCCAGAUGCCGAAGAUGAACUUCGCAAAUGUGUUUAUUGGCGCCAACCCCCUGGCUGUGGACCUGCUGGAAAAGAUGCUCGUCCUGGACUCAGAUAAGAGGAUCACGGCAGCCCAAGCCCUGGCACAUGCCUACUUCGCUCAGUACCACGACCCUGAUGAUGAGCCUGUGGCCGACCCUUACGACCAGUCCUUCGAAAGCAGGGACCUCCUAAUAGAUGAGUGGAAAAGCCUGACCUACGAUGAAGUCAUCAGCUUUGUGCCACCGCCCCUUGACCAAGAAGAAAUGGAGUCCUGAACACCUGGCUCUGUUCUGUCGAUCCCACUUCACUGUGAGGGGAAGGCCUUUUCAUGGGAACUCUCCAAAUAUCAUUCAAGUGCCUCUUGUUGAAAGAUUUCUUCAUGGUGGAAGGGGGUGCAUGUAUGUGCAUAGUGUUCGUGCGUGUGCGUGUGUGUGUGUCUGUCUGUCUGUCUGUCUGUCUGUCUUUCUGUAUUUGUGGAUGGAAGUCACUUCAUGAGUUGUGGAUGCUCCAUGGCAGCCUCUGCCUGCUUUCUCAGAGUCUGGGCAGGCUGAUGGAAACUACUAUCUUGUUAGGGAUGUAUUAAGUGCAGAGUAAAAUUAUCCCUAUUCCUAGUUACACUUUUGCCACUCUGGCUUCUCUUGUGUCCCUGCCUUUACCACACACCACAGUGGUACAGAGAGGUCAUCCCCCAGCCAUGCCUCCAGCAGAAGAGGAGCACCUGGCUCCUGGGCUCUCGCUGUGAUUGGCUGGCUGCUCACCGUGGUCCCCAGAGCCCAACAGGUGUGUCCAAAGCUGCCAGUCUGUGCCUUAAAAGGAGAAGGACGCAUAGAUAGUUCCAGAACCGCAGCUGCUGACAUUCUGAGCCAGGCGAGUGCGCAGGGCUGUUGGGUGGCCAGUAGUGAGCUGGAAGAAACAAGGCAGCCUUCAGGGAGGCCGUGUGUCUGUGUGCCUGUGUGUCUGUGUGUUUCCGCGUGCGUGCGCAUGUGCAUGCAUGUCUGUGUGGCCGCCCUCCCUCUCCCAGGAGUGAGUGGUGUCUGUGCUUACCCCUCACCUCAGUACAGAGAUCUCCAGUGCCAGCUGCAGGUUCCUGCUGUCAGCCGCUUCCUGUGUGCUCUUCACGUCUAGCAGAGUGCGGGUGUGUUUGCAUGCUUGUACAACCCCUGUCUGACUGCCGGGUGCGAGGAGACUUACUGGCCGCCCUAGUCCAUGUUGCCUCAGCUGAAGCCAUGGGCACGCUCCUGCCUCCUCACUCCAGCGCUCCUCUGUGUUGAACACAGCUGAUCCUCCAGGUGCUCACGGUGCAGAGACACACGGGACGGACAGAGCACCUGGAGGCUUGCCAUCUGACUUUCACCAAUCAAGGGGAAACGAGGCCUUUCCUAAGAAUGUCCUCAGCUCUGGAAAUCAUGUUCUCCUCACUUGUGAUAACCAGCUAAGAAACUCUGAACUGAAGUGAGGAGCAAAGGCUCUUGGGCCAGGACUCCUUCCAGUCUCUCUCAGUAGUGUUGCUAGGGCAGAGCCAGGCAGUCAGAGGCACCUUUUCUUGGAAGGGUCCUCCCGGCAGCUUGACACUGACUGAUUCUCGGUCUCAGUGUUGAUUUGGGGAAAAAUCAAUUUUGUCUUGGAAUUUUGUAUGUUUUAGGAAUCCUGAGAGAAUGUGAUUCCUUCUGAUGGGGAGAAAGGGCAAAUUAUUUUAAUGUUUUGUAUUUUCACCUUUAUAAAGAUGAAAUCCUCAGGGGUGAAGAACUGUUUGCAUAACUCUGAAUUUCAGGCACUUUGUGCUAUAUGAGGACCCAUAUAUUUAAGCCUUUUGUGUAAUAAGAAAAUGUACAGCCAAUUCCAGUGUUGGCCGUGACAGGUCUUGUAUUUAGGUCAAGGUGUCUCUAUUCUCUAUCAGUGCAGGGACAUGCAUGCUCCAGACUGCCAGGGUAGAACCUUGCAUCAUCCGGAGCCAAGAAGGAGGCAGACUGGCCAGGCCUUGCCACUCAGUGUGCACCUCAGCUCCUACAGCCCGCAGGACGCAUCCGAGUGGCGUGUCUGGUUAUGAAGGCAAGUGUGAUUCCCGACAGUUCUGCUCGGAUUACUUUAUUGCAGAUGUCUUUGCACAUGUGACCAUGCUGUGUUAAGAGGCCAUGCUCCGGGGCCCGGACUCACUGGAGCUGGCUAAGAGCUCCUGGCAUCCAUAGCCAAAUGCUGCCAUCUCCCAGGUUCUCCUCCAGAAAACAAGGGAAUGAGGGAACUUGUUUUGUGUGUAUUCAUGAACUCGGCUGUAGUCCCAUACGCCAUAGGAUGUCAGGCAAUACCACUGGGUAAAUAAAGCCUAUUUUUCAAAUUCA